UGCAGCUUGAUAAAAAUGUAGUCUGUAAUGUUUCUUUCAUACGUACCAUCGCCUUCUCUCUCUGUUUUUUGUUGUGGAUUCAGUUAGUCGGCGAUCAUCUCUUUCUGUUAUAAACUGAUCGCCGAGUAAUUCAAUAAUGCCAGCAUCAUUCUGAACUUCCUUUGCUUCCUUACUGCGCUGUUUUCCCUUCUUUCAUCUCUUCUUAGUCCUCCGUCACAGGGAAGAGAUCCGAAGUUUGUUUGUUUUGAUAUAUUUUUUUAAUAUUCGAAACUCCUUUUUUCCGGAAGCUCCGAGUUAGCGUUGUGAUCGAGUCGGUUACUGCCGUAGGUUUUGAUUAUUUUCAGACAAAAAAAAACGCUGACUGAUGAUUUGUUUUUGAAGAUCAGAGUUAAUUAUUUCUUUAUUUUAUUGUAAAAUUUUGCGACCCAAAGCUCAAUUCGACAAGAAGUUGAGACGAAAUGCUAGAUCUUAAUCUCAAUGUCGCGUCGACUGAUUCGACUCAAGAAUCUGACUCUGUGAUUCUCUUUACUGAUAAGCUCAACGAAUGUCCUGGAAACCAAAUGGACGAAUCCGAAACCUCUAAUUCGUCAAUCAUAAACGAUGAUACUGAGUCGUGCUCCACACGCGCCAAGGGAGACGCGUUCACUCUAAACUUCGACAUACUCAAAGUCGGGAGUGGAGGAAGCGAGUACGAAAACGACGGCGCACCGGUGGUGGUUGCUAAGGAACUUUUUCCGGUGAAGGGAGAUGGAGCUGAUUUCCGAAGGCUCGAAGGGCAAAGCUCGGGAAACGGUAGUAACUAUAAUUGGAUCGAUCUAUCGUUCGAGGGAAAAGAAGUUGAUCACCCGCAGGCGAUACAACAAAAUCAACAACCGUCACAGACGACGGUGAAGAAAAGCCGUAGAGGACCUCGCUCUCGAAGUUCACAAUAUCGAGGAGUUACUUUCUACAGAAGAACGGGAAGAUGGGAAUCUCAUAUCUGGGAUUGCGGGAAACAAGUAUAUUUGGGUGGAUUUGACACUGCUCAUGCUGCAGCUAGAGCCUAUGAUCGAGCGGCUAUUAAAUUCCGAGGGGUUGAUGCUGAUAUCAAUUUCAGCCUUAGUGAUUAUGAGGACGAUUUGAAACAGACGAAGAAUUUGACAAAGGAAGAAUUUGUGCACAUACUUAGGCGGCAGAGUACUGGCUUUUCGAGGGGAAGCUCAAAAUAUCGAGGAGUGACGCUGCACAAAUGUGGCCGGUGGGAAGCUCGGAUGGGGCAAUUCCUUGGCAAAAAGUAUAUUUAUCUUGGGCUAUUCAACAGUGAAGUAGAAGCUGCAAGGGCCUAUGACAAAGCAGCUAUCAAAUGUAAUGGAAGGGAAGCAGUCACCAACUUUGAGCCGAGUUCAUAUGAAGGGGAUAUGAUCUUUAAUACAAGUAAGGAAGGCGAUACUCACCACCUUGAUCUGAACCUGGGGAUAUCUCCACCUGUUGGGAACGAGUCCAUAGAAAAUGAGGGGCAUCCCCAUUUUUGUUCUGGCUCUUUUGACAUAAAUGGCAGGAAGAUUUUGAGGGCGGCAAACACUACUGCGGCGACAGUGGGUCCAGCUCACAAAGGGUUAGCGGGGACUUCAGAUCAGCCAAUUUUCUGGAAUAGUGUAUAUCCUGCGUACAUUCAUAGUGAGCAGGAAAGAGCGACGGUGACAAGAGUUGAAACUGGUCCUCCGCAAGGCCUCCCCAACUGGGCUUGGCAAAUGCAAAGUCAAGUCAGUGCUACACCAAUGCCACUGUUCUCAACUGCAGCAUCAUCAGGAUUCUCAUACUUGGCUACCUCUCCUUCUGCUGCCAUUCUUCCUUCAGAACCUCUCAAUCAACUGGCCCGGAAUCUCUGUUUUACCUCGGCGACCACCACCAACACCCCUCAAAUCCAUUUUCAGAUGAAGCCACCACAGGCACCACCAUAAGCCUCAUCUCUCAAACAUUUGCAGCAUAAACGUGCAUAGAUGAUAGGAUUCAAGUACUGUUUCAUUACACUGUCAGACUC